AACUCUGUUAUUGAAAUGCAACACUGUGCCGAAAAAAAUAUAAUAUUCUCAAUUAUAAUUUUUGUUUGCAAAAAUUGUGAAUUAUCACUACAAAACAAUUGUUUAAAUUUAAUAAAUUUUUUAAAAAUAUGACGCCAAAACCCGUUGAGGUAGUUAUAUGCCGAACCUGUGUUGGAGAAUGUAAAGAAUAUAAAUCAUUAUUUAAACAAGGCCUAAUAAUGGGAGAGGUGUCGACGUUGGCGUCUUUGCUGGCAUUUUGUACAAAUCUGGAAUUCGUGGAUGAUGAAAACAGUGAAUUGCCCCCAUUUAUAUGUACAAAUUGUAUACAGGAUUUGGUAAAAUCGUACGUGUUUAAGAAAAAAGUAUUGCAGGCUAAUGAAAUACUGAGCGGCAGUGUAGAUGAAGUUGAAGGAUUUGUUGAGGAAGGCAGGAAGGGGGAAUCCAAGGAAAAUGUUAUUGUGAUAAAUGAAGCGGAAGCGGAUUUGCAAGAGUUAGCGGAAGCAGCUCAAAUGAAAAGGGAACAAUUAGAGCAACAAAUUUUCAAUGUUGAAAAUGAAGAAAAUGAUAAUGGUGAGGAAUAUCUACAAUUAACGGUGCUCGAUAAUGAGGGAGAAGAGGACACUCAACAACACAAUGAUCAUGAGGGCGAUGAUGAUCUAGAGCAAGAAGAAAUUGAAAUGGAAUAUAUGGAGCAAGAUGUAGCUGAAACAACAGAAAUCUAUCAUACAACUAUUAUCAGCGAUGAAAUGCAACAUAUGCAGAGCAGUGAAGAAAUGGAACAAGAGCCACAAAUACAACACCAAGAAGAUGUUGAAGAUGACGAAGGAAAAGUUGAAUACGAAAUACAAGUAAAUGAUAUUGAAGAAGAUUAUGCCGAACUGUUAACGGAAAGUCAAGAUGGUAUGUCACAACAUAGUUAUAAACGUCCCAUGGAAGACAACACCAACUCGGGUUCAGAAAAUAGUUUUGGAAAUCCUGCCAGAAGACGAAGAACAAAUUCUUCGGGUAAACCACCUAAUCCUGAUUAUCAGUGCAAGGUUUGUGGCAAACAAUUGAGCAACUCAAAUUCUUUUAAAUAUCACAUGAAAUUACAUUCAGAUGAAACUCCCUACAAAUGUGAAGUAUGUGGUGAAGCUUUUAAAACUCGCAAUGCCUAUGAUGGUCAUAUAUCCAUACAUAAUCCCAACAAUCCCAAUACAUGUAAACUAUGCGGUAAAUCCUAUCGUCAAGCCUCCUCUUUACGCAUGCACAUGUUAACACAUUCUGGUGUUAAACCCUUCACUUGUGAAAUUUGUGGCAAGAGUUUAACCCAAAAGUCGGGCUAUAAAAAGCAUAUGCUCACACACACCGGCGAAAAACCUUAUUCCUGCGAUAUAUGUGGAAAAUCCUUUUGUAUCUCGAGUAAUAUGUUGGUUCAUCGUCGUACUCACACAGAUCAAAAGCAGCAUCAAUGUACGGAAUGUGAUAAAUCAUUUCUUACCGCCGAUCAAUUGAAACGUCAUGUCAUUAUACACUCGAAUGAAAGACCUUUUAGUUGUGAUAUCUGUGGAAAACUAUUUAAACGUCAAACUGCUUGGCGUUCACAUUGUCAAUCCCAUCAGGAUCCUAAGCCUAAGAAACCAAUUGAAUUAUUAUAUUCAGAUGAAUAUGAUGAAAAUAAUCGAGAUAAAACUACAGUUGUGGAGAUAUUUUAAACUUAAUACAACAGCAGCAGCAUACUUGUCAUUAGUUGUAAUAGAUACUAUUUUUUAACGCUAUUUUGUUUUAUGAAAAUAUACUUAUACAUAUGUGUAUGUUAAAUGUUAACUAUAGCCAAA